GACACGUUAGCCCUCUUCUUUCUGACAACUUCAUUCUUUCUUCUCUCUGAUCUGAGAGUCUCCGACGGAACCAGGAAACCCUACCCAUCAAACGAUAUGGAUGUCAAUCAACAAGAAUUUCAGGAACGCAAGCGAGAAUUUUACGAUUUCUUGGAGCUAAGUAUUUACCAAGAUGAGUUGAAGGCUAUGAUCAACCACAAACGCCGCCGCCUCAUCGUCAACAUCUCCGAUCUCUACACUUUCCGUGAAGAUUUGCCUCCCAGGCUUCUAAGGAAUCCGGGUGAGUACUUGCAACCAUUCUGUGACGCAGCCACAGAAUGGGCACGCAAUAUUGAACCCAAGUACCUCAAGGAAGGGGAACGAGUUCUUGUGGGCUUUGAAGGCCCUUUUGUCUCGCGUCGUGUCACUCCGAGAGAACUUCUCUCUCAAUUCAUCGGCUCCAUGGUUUGCGUCGUCGGCAUUGUCACUAAAUGUUCUCUUGUACGGCCAAAAGUUGUUAAAAGUGUUCAUUUCUGUCCUACAACCGGGAACUUCACUACUCGUGAAUACCGAGAUAUUACAUCAAAUAUGGGUGUGCCAACUGGCACCGUAUAUCCCACAAGGGAUGAUAAUGGAAACUUAUUGGUGACUGAGUAUGGUUUGUGCAAAUACAAAGAUCAUCAAACCUUAUCGAUACAAGAAGUGCCUGAAAAUGCUGCUCCUGGUCAGCUUCCACGAACAGUAGAUGUCAUAGUUGAGGAUGACCUUGUUGAUUCAUGCAAACCUGGAGAUCGUGUUGCCAUUGUAGGGAUAUAUAAAGCUCUUCCUGGAAAAAGCAAGGGUAGUGUGAACGGAGUAUUCAGGACUGUUCUCAUUGCUAACAAUGUUUCUCUACUUAACAAAGAAGCAAAUGCACCUAUCUACACUCCAGAAGACUUAAAAAACAUAAAAAAGAUAGCUGAGAGAGAUGAUACAUUUGAUCUACUUGGUAAUUCACUUACACCUUCUAUAUAUGGGCAUUCGUGGAUAAAAAAAGCUGUGGUUUUAUUGAUGCUUGGUGGAGUGGAGAAGAAUUUAAAGAAUGGUACACAUCUACGAGGGGACAUUAACAUGAUGAUGGUUGGUGAUCCAUCUGUUGCCAAGUCCCAACUUCUGAGAGCAAUUAUGAAUAUUGCUCCCUUGGCCAUAUCAACUACUGGACGGGGUUCAUCUGGGGUGGGGCUGACAGCUGCUGUUACUUCAGAUCAAGAAACAGGUGAAAGAAGACUUGAAGCUGGUGCCAUGGUUCUUGGAGACAGAGGUGUUGUCUGCAUUGAUGAGUUUGACAAGAUGAAUGAUGUAGACCGUGUUGCUAUACAUGAGGUUAUGGAGCAGCAGACUGUGACUAUAGCUAAAGCUGGUAUCCAUGCAUCUCUGAAUGCUCGUUGCAGUGUGGUGGCUGCUGCUAAUCCUAUAUAUGGAACUUAUGACCGUUCAUUGACUCCUACAAAGAACAUUGGGCUUCCAGAUUCUUUGCUUUCUCGUUUUGAUUUACUCUUCAUUGUAUUGGAUCAAAUGGACCCUGAUAUUGACCGUAAAAUCUCCGAUCAUGUCUUGCGGAUGCACCGUUUUCGGUCUGUAAUUGAUGGAGGAGAAGCAGGACUAGAAGGGAAUUCAAGAUAUGGAAGGGAAGAUGAAGCUGAUACUGACCAAUCUGUCUUUGUCAAGUAUAACAGAAUGCUUCAUGGGAAGAAAACACAAAGGGGUCAGAAGCGGGAUACACUCACCAUCAAGUUUCUUAAGAAGUAUAUUCAUUAUGCAAAGCAUAGGAUUCAGCCUGAGCUAACUGAUGAGGCAUCUGAACACAUUGCAACAGCAUAUGCAGAGCUGAGGAAUGGGGGUUCAAAUGCAAAGACUGGAGGAACUCUUCCUAUUACAGCGAGAACCUUAGAAACCAUAAUACGUCUCUCAACUGCCCAUGCUAAAUUGAAGUUGAGCAGGAAGGUUUCAAAGUCUGAUGUUGAAGCCGCCUUAAAAGUUCUAAAUUUUGCAAUAUAUCACAAAGAAUUGACUGAGAUGGAGGAGCGUGAACAAGAACGGCAGAGAGAAUCGGACGAAAAUCAAAGAGCAGAGCAUCGCCACAGAGGAAAUGACAGACAAAACAAUGGUCCCACUCAUAAUGAACGUUCAACAAUGGAUGCCAUGGACAUAGAUGAACCUCCUUCAGGCGAUUCGGCUCUCAAUAUCUCACCUCAAAGAACUGAAGCAUUUAACUCCAUAUUUGGUCAACAUAUGAGAACAAACCGCUUGGAUUUGAUAACCAUUUCAGAACUAGAGGGAAUUGUGAACGGUAGAUCAGAUGCUCGUUAUUCAAGUGCAGAGAUAACAUUCCUAUUGGAGAAACUGCAAGAUGACAAUAGAGUGAUGAUAGCCGAUGGAAUGGUGCAUAUGAUAUCAUGAUGUGAAAGAAGAGCAACUCCAAUAGAAAAAUAUAAGGAAUGGAAUCUGCCAGCAGAGCUCAUCUUUGGAGCCGUAUAUGUCUAUGGCAGGAUGGAAUAGAGAAUUACAGUGGUUUAAUAGUUGGAGAAUUUAGAGAUAUUACCAGGCAGAAGAUCUAUAUAUUUUCUAUUUAAUAUCUUGUAAUAAUUUUUUUUUUUUUUUGUUGUAACUCUAUUAGCAGAUGAAUGAAAGAUGAAAAUAUUGAUCUAUAAGUAUAACCAUUGUUUCAGUUGUUUUUUUUUCUUUAUUGCCUCUUCUUCUGCUUGUGUAUUCAGACUGUUGGACACAAUUUGCAAAGUGCUGU